AUGGCCAAUCUUUUAAGAAAAUUACAUUUAAGUAAACAACAACUGCAACAACAACCACAACUACAACAACAAGAACAACAACCACAACAACGACAACAACAACAACAACAACCAGUAGCGAAUAUGUCUCACUAUGGUGAGCAAAUAGCUCAUACAGUUCCUGCACAUGUAGAAGCGUCAAAUGUCAACAUCAACGCUGUAAGUAAUGCCAACUCGGAACAGUUACAACAACAACAACUGCAACAUUCACAAGAACAUUUGCAUCAGUAUAAUCAAACAAAACUGCAAAAACAAGCAAAUGAUGAUGCUAUUAAAAAAUCAUUAUUACCUCAAAGAUCUACAACUUCUAAAGGUAAAUAUUCAUUACAAGAUUUUUCAAUAAUGAGAACUUUAGGUACUGGAUCUUUUGGUAGAGUUCAUUUAGUUAGAAGUGUUCAUAAUGGUAGAUAUUAUGCAAUAAAAGUUUUAAAAAAACAUCAAGUUGUUAAAAUGAAACAAGUUGAACAUACAAAUGAUGAACGUAAAAUGUUAAAAUUAAUUGAACAUCCAUUUUUAAUAAGAAUGUGGGGUACUUUUCAAGAUUCAAGAAAUUUAUUUAUGGUUAUGGAUUAUAUUGAAGGUGGUGAAUUAUUUAGUUUAUUAAGAAAAUCUCAAAGAUUUCCAAAUCCAGUUGCUAAAUUUUAUGCUGCUGAAGCUACAUUAGCUUUAGAAUAUUUACAUAGUCAUGAUAUUAUAUAUCGUGAUUUAAAACCUGAAAAUAUUUUAUUAGAUAAAAAUGGUCAUAUAAAAAUUACUGAUUUUGGUUUUGCAAAAGAAGUUUCAACUGUAACUUGGACUUUAUGUGGUACACCUGAUUAUAUAGCACCAGAAGUUAUAACUACAAAACCUUAUAAUAAAUCGGUUGAUUGGUGGUCUUUAGGUGUUUUAAUAUUUGAAAUGUUGGCUGGUUAUACUCCAUUUUAUGAUACAACACCAAUGAAAACUUAUGAAAAAAUUUUAAAUGGUAAAAUUCAUUAUCCAAGUUUUUUUCAACCUGAUGUAAUUGAUUUAUUACAAAGAUUAAUUACUAGUGAUUUAACAAGAAGAUUAGGUAAUUUAAGUAAUGGACCUGCUGAUAUAAGAAAUCAUCAAUGGUUUCAAGAAGUUAUAUGGGAGAAAUUAUUACUGAAAGAUAUUGAAACACCUUAUGAACCUCCUAUAACUGCUGGUGUUGGAGAUUCAUCAUUAUUUGAUCAUUAUCCAGAAGAACAAUUGGAUUAUGGAAUUCAAAGUGAUGAUCCAUAUGGACAAUAUUUUACAGAUUUUUAG